AUGAUGAUUAGAAUAUUAAGGGGUGGACUAAAGAAACCAGUAAAACUACAGUGUAUCAGAUUCAAUUCCAAGUCAAAUAAGUAUUCAGAUAUUGAGAAAUUUAAUAAUAGUAAAACAAAAUAUAAUUUUGGUUAUAAUUUUGACUCAAUAAAUGAUUUAGAUUCAAAGAUAAAUCCCGAAAAGAUUAAACAAAAAACAGCAGAAAGAGACAUUGUAAAUAUAAAUGAAAUUUUAGAAUCUGAUCCAAGUUUAAAAGCUUUUGAGUAUGGUAGUCCAGAAUAUAAAGAACAAAUGCAUAAAUUACAUCAACAAUUUCUUAUAAAUGCACACAAAGAGCAAAAAAGAGAACAGAUCAGAGAGGGGUUUAAAGGGUUGUUCAUUGCCAUCGCUACUAUUAUUGGAUUAAUUUCUGCUCAUCAAAUAUUUAUGAAUUAUGGAUCAAUUAAAAAUCGAAUUUUACAAGAUUUCAAUUAUGCAGAUUUUAAAGAUACGACUAAAGAACUUAAAAAUACAAAAUCAAAAGCAUAUAAACUCGAACAAUUGAGUGCUGAAUUAAAUGAUGACAAUUUGGCGAAUCUACAAAACUCAAAGGAAGUCUCUGGGUUGUAUUAUUUUGGAGGAGAUGAGUCCAAAUUACCGCUUCGUAUUCCAUUCUUCAAUAAUAUGGUAUUUAAAGAUGUUUAUGUUGAAAAGGAUAUGAUUAUUGCAAUUACGGAUAAAGGAAAAAUAUAUAAUUGGAAGAAAUCAAGUAAGGAAGAUCCAAAAUUGGUUGAAAUUCCAUAUAACGUUGAUAAAAUAGUACCUACUGAGCAUUAUUUUUACUUUUUGACUAAUAAAGGAGAAGUAAUAUAUUCUAAAAGAGAUGGAUUUAGUGAAGAUAAAACUAGAGAUUGGUUAGGUUUAUUUAAGAUUCAAAAAUUUAACAAAAUUGAAAAUUUAAAAAAUGUUAAACAAAUUACUAGUGGUAGAUCACAUGUAUUAUUAUUGACAAAGGAUGGUAAGGUCUUGAUAUUGAAUACUGAUAAGAAUGCAGUUAAUAGAGGUCAGUAUGGCCCCUCAUAUUCUCCAUUUGAUAACAAAAUAGUCCCAGUUAAUCAACCUAUAGACAUCACAUUAUUAAAUAACGAGAUUACAACAGUUAACGGUGAGAAAAUAAUCAAACCUAGAACAUUCAGUCAUGUUGCAAGUGGUAGUUAUUUUAAUAUUGUAUCUGAUUCAACUGGAAAUGUCUGGAUAUGGGGUGAUAAUUCAUAUGGACAAUGUGGCGAGAUAAAUACUGUUGAUUUGAAACCAAUACCUAGACCAAUAUUCAACAGUUCUGACUUGUCAAGAAUUUGCAGAAAUGUAAUUAAGAAUCCAAAAUCAAUUGAGAUUAAGAAAGUUUUAGCAGGUCAUGAUUCAUCUUAUUUAUUAAUUAAUUUAGAUCACUCUCAAGAUGUUAUAUUAUCAUUUGGUAAUGGUAUUGACGGCCAAUUGGGCGGUGGUAAAUAUAAACAAAUAUCAUCGUGGCCUGAGAUUGUUAAAUCAUUAACUAAUUUGCAAGAGUUUAAUGAAGCUGAAAACAGAGUUACUAAUAUAGGUAUUAGUGAUAUUUCCAUUGGUAAGAAUCAUUUAUUUAUUACAUUGGAUAAUGCAGGUGAGUUUAAAGAUGUUUAUGCUUGUGGUGCUAAUGAAAAUGGACAAUUAGGAAAUGGUAAAAAGAUUAAAUCUAGCAAACCCAUUAAAUUACCAAAAUUAAUUGAGCCUGACCAAACUAACAAAUCAAAAAUAAUUAAUGAUUUAAAUGAUACUAAUAGUAAGAGAUUGACUUUGCUACAUGACUAUAAGAUGAAGAAGGGUAAUGUAACUCAAAAGAUCGUCGCUGGUAAUGAUGCUUCCGUUAUUUAUUAUUGUAAAUAA